AUAUAUAUAUAUAUAUAUAUAUAUAUAUAUGCUUUCCAAUAACCAGAGAAAUAGCCAGAGAAAUAUUAUCCAUAUAAUGGUGGAAAUAAUGAAAGGAUUGUAACUGAAUGGAGUUGUUAUUUGGAACAGUAUUGUGUUGGUUUUGUUGUUUGUAAAUGUGCCCAAUAGAUACAUCUACAGGUCCCUCCCUCAAGUUUUGGCACCCACUCAUUGUCCAGUCUAACCAGUGUAAUUAAUACAGACUCAGCAGAAAUGAUAAGGUCAGGUGUUCAAUGUGCCUUCGUAUCCAGUCAUCCAUCGCUCUGAUAAAGUUACCAAUCUGCAUCUUACUUUCUGAGAAGCUUCUGGCAUGGAGAUGUGGGACUGCCGUGAAUUAUUCACGAACAAAGUUUAUUUCUAGGGGCUCACUACCUGCUAGCAUCUGUGCUUUUGCUGUGUUAUAUCCAAGGAGCCUCUUUUGUGCUUUGGGUUUGAAACCCAAUGUUCAGUAAGCCACAGGGGAAAUGGCUCUUGUCCUCAUGCUUCACGAUGAGGAACUGCUGUUUUACACUGCCUGUCUUUGUAACUGCUGGUGCGUCUGUCUGUUUGUAUGUCUAUGGCUGGAAGGUCCAGGUCGCAGCAGAGUCGCGGCUGGAGGAAGUGGCAUGCGUUUGGGCAGCAGCUGGAGGUGGCAGCUCUCCCGAGCCAUGCGACUGAUGCUGCGCUGGUGCCGCCUGAAGAGGGCCGGGCAAGGCGGGAGGAUGGAGGCCUGGAUGGGCUGCAGGGUGCACGAGCUGUGGAGCUACAGCAAGCUGCUGCUCUCCUCCCUCUACUUCAACAGCCUUACAAACUCAGACACGCUGCUGGACUGCGUGUUUGAACCCAUCUACUGGAUCGUGGACAACACAACCCGCUGGCUUGGCCUGGUGUUCGUCACGUUGGUCAUCCUGCUCACAGCCUCAGUCGUGGUCAUCGUCUAUUUUUUCGUCCUCCCUACAAUCCUCAAUACUUACUCCGUGCUUUGGGUCAUCUGGCACCUGAGCUGUGGCCACUGGCUUCUCGUCAUGGUGGCGUUCCAUUAUUAUAAGGCCACCACCACCUCUCCCGGACACACGCCUCGAGAUAAUACACAGAUCCCCUCUGUGUCCGUCUGCAAGAAAUGCAUCAUCCCCAAACCCGCAAGAACACAUCACUGCAGCAUCUGCAAUGUGUGUAUUUUAAAGAUGGACCAUCACUGCCCAUGGAUGAACAACUGUGUUGGACACUUCAACCACCGUUACUUCUUCUCCUUCUGCUUCUACAUGACUCUGGGCUGCGUCUACUGCAGCAUCAGCAGCAGGGAGCUGUUUCUGGAAGCUUAUGGUGCUGUGGAGAGUUACUUUCAGACUCCUUCUCCUGCCUUCUCUUUUAUGGAGACCACCGCCCACAAGAGCAUCAUCUUCCUCUGGGUUCUGACCAGCUGCGUAGCCGUUUCUCUCGGCUGUCUGACCCUGUGGCACGCCGUCCUCAUCACCAGAGGGGAGACCAGCGUGGAGCGCCACAUCAACCGCAAAGAGACAAAGAGAUUGAAGGCAUUGGGGAAGGUGUUCAGAAAUCCAUAUCACUAUGGAAGAAUCAACAACUGGAAACUCCUGUUUGGUGUGGAGAAACAAAGUCACUGGGUAACACGGGUGCUGCUGCCCUCCAGUCACCCCCCUGGUGGAGACGGCCUACUAUGGGACUACAGCUUCAAAAGAAGCGACUACAUGGCCAUCUAAUCUUCGCCUUUUAGCUCUACGCUGGCAGUUGCACUGUGGCUGGCUGGAACCACCUUUCAAGAGUCCCUGGAGGAUUUUAUGAAAGAACUGACUGCACGACUCUCGAAGGAAUUACUUUUCAUCGAAGUGAACUCGCCAUCCAUUUCUUAACUAUUUUAUAAACAUAUGCAAUGUUCAUAUCCCAUGAUUUGUACUAUUUUGUUGAUCAGCUUGGCUUUUAUGGUAAAAAGAGUUCUUAUGAAUUCCUUAACUUCACAAUGCACUGCAUUUCAUCAUAGUUGACUUCAUUUUCUCCCCACAGAUGCACGUAAACAGUCAUUUUUGUGAUGCACUCAUGGUUUGCUGCGGACAUGCAACAUUGAGCCAAUAGAGGAAGACUGAUCUUGGGUUUACAGGUCCUUUGACAAAAAAAACACAAAAAAGACACAUUUCUACACCGCACAAGUCUGAACUCAACUGUAGUUGAAGAACCAAAGGAAACACUGACUUCAAUAUUAGCCAGGGCUGAAACACACUGUGAAUUAUGUUCUGUACUAUUUUCUUUUGCUCAACUUGUGAAAAAGCCUUCUUUAUAUUUUUUCUACAUUCAUCCAUAUCCUUUUCACGACUGUGGGUCUUGGUGUGUCCUGUUGAGUAUGCUUUGAUAUGAACAGUGGAUUUUCUAUGACUUACUCUCAUGUGUCUGUGAAUUUUUAAGGAACGGGAAAUUCAGUUUCAUUAAAAAGUGACGUUUUUAUUAAUGCUUUAGUUUGUCCUCUGCGUGUCCAGAUGAAAACGAUGACACACGGCAGUCAUAUGACCCCUUUUUACGUAAGACACA